GUGUCAUCUUCUCUAAUUCUCUCACUUGGCUCUGAACUUCCUUUGGGCACUGGGCUUCUCAAUCAGUCAAUCCUCUUCUCCGAAUUCUAUUUGUUCGCCCUCGCCUCCGAUCUCGAUCGAUAGGAGCGCCAGAACGGGCACCGCUCUGUCCACGCCGGUGCUCCCCCCGCCGCCGACGAUUUUUUUGUCUGAGGACUAUUUUAGUAUCCAGGCCCCUCAAUUUCAUUUUCGUCUUUCUUCUGGUAUUUUUCAUUUUGCAUGAUGAAUCUAUGAUCUCAAUCUGGAUAUUUGGGUGCAUUUUUAUAGAAUGAACUUGGCAAACGUUGGAGAAAGAUGUUAGCUUUGAGUGUUAUUUUCUCUUUGGUUUACUUAAAUUAUUAAACUUAAAACAAAUUAAACCUGGUAAUAUUGCAAUAGAUUUCAAAUUCUUUGAGAUUAUAUUCAGCACAUAGGUCUCUGUGGUCUAAGACUGUUUGAUAGUUCAGUGAGGACUAGUUCUGCUGUUGGGUCACUGGUUUAUGUUUAUUCAUUGGUAGUUUUGAAAUUGAGUAACUGAAACUUUGGUUAUCACUUGAAGUAUUGACAAUGCGUUUCAUCGAUUGCCUUUUCUUGUAUACAGGAGGUCUAUUAUGAAAGAUAUGUGCAGGAGGUUGUGAUAAUAAGUCGAAUGAAUUUGCUUUGGAAUUUAUAUCACACUUCGGAUUCCUUAUUCGUUAUCAAGAAAUAAGCUGCUGAACUUGCUCAUUUCGUACCAUAUACAUCUGAAGAGGAAUUUCAGUACUUCUCUGCGAUGAAUUCUGUUUUCUCAUCCCAGUCUCUUUUCUUUGCAUUCCCUAGCUUCCAGUUUCUUGUACCUUGUCCUCCAAAGCAACUUCAAUGCAUUGUAACCAACCGUGUGUGUCAUCGUAACACCUAUGUUUCUCCUCUAUCUCUUUCGUUUCCGCUUCAUUCACAUUAUUCUCUGCGUACUAGCUCAUCACUUGUUGGUGCUACAGUUCCAUCAGAUGAAGGAGUAGUUACUGAAGGGGUAGUGUCUGUAAUCAACUUCGAAGAUGUUGCUGAGAAAGAUUGGUCAUUUCUUGAUUCAGAUGAUUUCAGUUCUGAACAAGAUAAACUAAAGGUUGAACGCAUUAUAUCCGCAGGAGAGAUUCAAGAAACUUCUAGGGUUAUGGUUUCAGUUGGUUCUGAAGCGUUUGUGGAUCAAUUGGUUGAAUCAUCGCCAUGCAGUAUGUUGCUUGUUGUACAUGAUUCACUUUUUGUGCUGGCUGGCAUUAAAGAAAAAUAUGACAAGGUUAAGUGUUGGCAAGGAGAAUUGAUAUAUGUACCUGAUAAGUGGGCUCCUUUAGAUGUUGUGUUUCUCUAUUUCCUUCCAGCAGUGCCUUUUAACCAUGGACAGGUGUUUGGAGCAGUUGCUAAAUGUUUUUCUCCAGGUGCAAGACUGGUUAUCAGCCAUCCCCAAGGAAGAGAAGUUUUUGAGAAACAACGGCAACAAUAUCCAGAUGUUAUAACUUCGGAAUUGCCUGAGAAGAGAACUCUAAAGGAAGUUGCAGCAGAACAUUUUUUUGAAUUAACUGACUAUGUUGAUGAGCAGGGCCUCUAUCUUGCUGUAUUGACGUUUGUGGGGGCAAGUUGAUGGUGGAUGUAAACAUCACAAUUUCAUGAGCAAAAUCAGUGAAUUUAACUCAAAAAUGGAUUCAUAUAUAUUUGUUUC